AUGUAGAUACAAUUAUCUAUAAGCAAUACAUUUGAGCAUUCAGUGCCAUCAACGGGUGCGUGGCCGCUUUUCCAUAACUUGCGGAGACUGCGCAGGGCGCCGGCCCAGCGAGAAUGCAGUUAGGCCAGCUCGGGCCUCGGGGCCAAGCCUUCGGAUGUCCACAACAAGCAUGUCGCAGGGCGGUGCUGCUCCGGGGUGCGCCCGGCGGCCUCCGGCAUGCUGUGCGCAGCCAUGCCGCUGCCCCGGAGGUGCCAUCGGAGUCCCAGCCGCCCGCAACCGAGCAGCAGUCGCAGCCGCGCAAGCCGGCGGGCCGACGAGCUCUGUUUGGCGGGGGUGCAGCUGCCGAGGGGGAGGGCGCUGCCGGGGCCACCCAUCCGCCGGCCCCUGCGGCCGCGGAGUCGCAAGACGCGCAGUCAUCCGGAACUGCGCCUGCCGCCGCUCCCGCCACCACCGCCAAGGCGCUUGUGAACAUCCACAAGCAGACGCUGAAGGAGGCGGGCAUUGAGGUGUCGGCAUCGGAGAUCCAAAAGAACCGGCUGCUCUCGCUGAGCAAAUCGCUGCCGAAGGAGGCCAAGGGCGCGCGCGCCGCCGUCAGCAGCGCCCUGAAAAAGGCGCAGAAGAAGUCCUACCUGGACGAGCGGCGGCAGCCGGGGUCCCAGCAGCAGGGGCAGGGGCAGGGGCAGGGGCAGCAGGAGGAGGGGCAGGAGAAGGAGGAAUGGCGGAAGGAGGGGCAACAGGAGCGAUGGGCUCAGGGGCAGCAGCGCGGGCCCAGGGCCGCCGGCGGCAGGGGCGCUGGCGGCAGGGGCGCCGGCGGCAGGGGUCGCGGCGCAGCGGGCGGCGACAAGGCGGCGGCGCCGCCGGCUGUGGUGAUGGUGGAUGACGCGGCGGCGCCCGGCUCGGCGGCGGCGGCGGUGGUGGCGGCGGCGGCGGCCGGGAGCGGCGGCGUGGCGUACCUCUGGUCGAACGUGAAGGCGGCGGCCGCGGCACGCGAUGCCGGCGCCGCCGGAGGCGCCGCCGCUGCAGGCGGCGUGGCGGCGGGCGGCGGAGAGGCGCAGGGGCAGGCCCGGCUGCCUGCGGAGCAGGGGCAUGCCGAGCAGGAGGAGAGCAACGCCGCCAGUGACGGUUAUGACGACGAUUCCGAUGACGGUUACGGUUACGGCGGUGAUGACGAUGCUGAUGGUGAUGAUGGCGAGGCUCGCAGUGAGGAUGACGAGGCGUAUGCGGUGGAGGACCGGCGUGCCCAGGCCGAGAGCGUGCGCAGCCUGGAGGCACGCAUCCGCCAGCUGGCGGCGGCGGCGGCGGCGGCGCAGCCGCAGGACGGCAGUAGCAGCGGCAGUAGCAGCGGCAGUAGCAGCGGCAGUAACAGCGGCGCGGCGGCGGGGGCGGGCGCGAGGUCGGCGGCGGAGCUGCCGCCGGCGGUGCUGCAGCGGCAGCUGGAGGCGAUCCAGGCGGGGGCCAAGUCGGCGGUGCCGCUGGUGCGCCUGGGCCCCAGCGGCCUGAACGCCUCAGUGCUUACCUCGGUGGCCAGCGCCUGGCGCAACAGCGAGCUGGUCAAGCUGCGCAUCGUGUCGCGAGCUAACAAGUACAUGCCGUACAUCACGCAGGUGUGUGCCGCGCUGGAGCAGCGCACGGGCGGUCUGGUGGUCUGGCGCGCCGGCGGCUCCAUCUGGUUGUUUCGGGGGGCGGGCUACGACGCCGCGUCGCCGUCUGCGCUGCAAGCGGCGGAGUCGCGCCGCCCCGCCGCGCUGCUGCCGCCCGCCGCGCGCCUGAGCGCCGCGCCGCCGCCCGCGGGCGCCGACGUCGCCAUCCCCGGGGCCGGCCAGGGCUACCUCACACGCGGGCCCGGGUCACGUGCCGCCGCCGCCUCGCCCGCCGCCGCUGCCUCCCCCGCCUCUGAUAUUGCGGUGAUAUUCCUGCAUGACGCCUGGGGCCCGGGCCGCGGCGCCGGCUACAGGCGGCACAAGCAGGUGUGCGACAAGCUGUCGGAGCUCCUGUCCGCCGACCUGUCCGCCUUCACACCUUCCUCCUCCCCCACCACCACCUCCUCCACCUCCUCCACCUCUUCCUCCUCCACCACCUCCUCCCCCACCAACCCCACCUCCUCCUCCUCCUCCUCCACCAACCCAACCAUUACCGCCGCCGCCGGCGUGCCGGUGCUGAUGCCGGACCUGGUGUCGGGCGGCGGCGCCGCCUACAGGCCGCGUGUGUGGCCGCCCGCCCGACCUACGGCGGAGCGGCAGAGCGGCUGGCUCGGCAGUGAGGGGGAGGCGCCGGGGCGCGGCAGCUGGCAGGCGGCGGCGCCGCUCAUCCGCGCCGCCGCCGCCUACCUCCGCGGCCCCGCCGUCGGCGCCAAGCGGCUUCUGGUGGUGGGAACCGGCUGGGGCGGCUGGCUAGCCCUCAACGCAGCAGCCGAGGACGCACGCGCCGGCGGCGCCGAGGCGGCGCGCCUGGCGGCGGCGGCCGCGGCCGCCGCCGCCACCGCCGCCAAGGCGCUGGAAAGGGCGGCGGAAAAGGCGGCGGCCGCCGCCGCCAACCCGGGAAUGGAAUGGGGACCCAAGGAGGCGCAGGAGGCGGCUAAGCGUGCGGCGCGUGCCGUGAGGAAGGCCGAGCGGGAGAUGGCGGCGGCGGCGGCUGCGGCGGCGGCGCCGCCGCCGGAGCCGCUGAAUCUGGCGGGUGCGGCGAUUGUGACGGCGGGCAGUUUGUUUGAGGACGACUUGCGGUUGGCGCCGUACGUCAAGGUUCCGCUGCUGGUGGUGGCCUCCAAGCGCGACCCCAUGGAGUUGCUACAGCGCCAGGUGGGCCAGCGCGAGGCGGCGGCGGCUGUAGCGGCUGUAGCAGCAGCACCUACAGCUACAGCUACAGCCGGCGACGGCGCCGGCGCGGAUGUGGACGCGGACACCGCGGCUGUAGCAGCGGCCAGCAGCGAGGCGGCGGCGGCGGCGGAGGCGGCAGCGGCGGCGGCGGCGGCGGCGGAUGCGGCGGCGGCGGCCGAGGUGGCGGCGGCGGCGGCGGAGGCUGUAGCUGCGAGCUGUGCGUACAAGCGCUACGGCAAGCUGGAGCCGGGCUUCUGGGGCGACGAGGCGCUGCUGCUGACCGCGGCCUUCGCGCGCUGGCACGGCGCCGGCGACGCCUCCGCGCGGGAGCUGGUGGCGGCUCUGGCGCAGGUGGGGCGUGGCGCCAACGGCACACAGCUCAACCAGCACGCCGGCUUCCCCUGGCUGGCGCAGGCCGAGCAGGAGCAGCUGACUGCCAAGUUGCAGACCAUGAAGGACGAGCGAGCGCGGCGGCGGGACACGCGCGCGGCGCGGCGGGAGGCGGCGGAGGCACGGGAGCUGGAGGCGGCGGCGGAGGGGGGUGGCUGGGGCGCGGGAGGGGGCGGAGGGGAGCGCCGGUCGGGGCCGCCGUCGAGGGGGUAGCGAGGAAGGUUUGGUGAGGGAGGCAGCGACGCGGGUUUGGCGCGGGGGGGGGGGGGGGGUCAGCCAAUUAUAGAGAGCAGCAAUGGCGAGGGGUGUGGGAAGGAACAGCAGGUGGACGUGUAGGAAAGGAGCACUAGGCACCGAUCCAUUGGGAGCGCUCGCCGACCUGCAUACAAGGUCACAAGGAUUGUGACUUGUCUUAAUUCCUUCUUGCUCCAGGGGUAUUUUGCACAGCUGUUUGUUUUGUGUUGAGUCUUUGCUGGCUUUGGAUGUCGGCUUUGGUGGGGCAGUGAGCAUGUGUGGACAGGGGCCCGGGGCCGUUGGCAAGGGGCUUACGGGGCGGGACGCGAACAAACCGCACUCGACACGGUACCGCACACGGCAUCUUUACCUGCAUAUCACGACGUGCCCACGCCAGUUGGAAGUGUGAGCUAGUAUACGGUACCGCAGAAGUGCAGAACACAAAACUGCACAAGAUUGGCUGGUGCUGUAGAUCUGUAGGUACCAUGUGCCCCCAAACUAUGGUACUCCACGCGCGGGGACCUUGAAGAGCGCGGACAGGCACAACAGCGCGGCUAGCACCCCCAUGAGGGGGGGGGGGCGCUGUCCGCCGUCAUCGAAGCCAGGGAGCGGAGGGGUGGGGGGUAGCCAGCAACGACAGACUCGAGGUGCCC